UUGUUUCAUGUACCAUAAGUUAGCUGUACCCAUACUGUUUUAAACCUCCAAAGGAUACAAGCGGAUUGAGGCACUAAGAGGCUCCUUCCCCACUGCACCAAAGACCAACAAGCUCUAGGUGGUGAUGGGAGGUUCGGUCACCCUCGGUAUAAGUGAGAACCUUGCUAGGACGAUAUUCAUCCUAAGCUCGACUACCUCAUGUCUGCCUAUCACUCCCUCUAUGCACAACGUACAAAGUAACAUCAAAACCUCCAGUGCUACACCCACGAUGUUGCAUGCCAGGGACUCCCAAACGCCGCAACACAAUCCAAAUACUUCCCAAGCCUCCGUAUACAAAGGAGGUCGCUGGCGCGCGGAGGGCUCUGUGCCGACCAUCUGCCGCAUCAUGAUGUCGAAAGACCACACGCAGAUCGCGGCGGGUUUGGCUUCACGAGAUCCUCAAGCCGGGCUAUGGGAAUUCUCGAUCUCAAGCCGUGUUUCUUACCUUCCGGGCCUCGAUGCGGCGCAGCAUCUCCCCUUUCAGUCGCGAAGCAGCCAAAGCUCCCCAUAUCGACUCGCACCUUAAUCUCUCCCAAGUUCAAAGGCCAACAACCCCUUCACCCUUUAACCUCAGGCCACUUAACCUUAUCACAGCUCGCGCCCUGCCUCUGAAUCCACGCCUGGAUCCUCUCUACCAUCCACCCACUCUUCACCCCAACCAUCUCCCCAUCCGGCUUCUUGACGGGCUUCCCCAGAACAAACGCAUCCCCGAUACUACACGCGCCAUCCUCGUACCGAAACCGAAAACACUCGUCCCCCCCCAGGCUCUUGCACGCCGCGCGGCAGUGCUCAAACGACAAGUGCGCCAUCCUUUCGUGCUCAUUAAGCUCCGCG